UUCCCUGCUCCUUCCUCCUCCUCCUCCUCCUCCUCCUCCUCCUCGGGAGCCCAGGCUUCCUUCCAGCCCCAGAAACAGCAGCAGGAGCAGAGCCUUGCGAACCCCGGCUGACCGUCCCCCGCCUCUCUCUCUCUCUGGAUCCUUAGGUGCUCGCCUCCUUCUCUGGAGCCUCCCCCUUCUUCGGCCAUGGGCGCCCUGGAGAGGCUGAGGAAGGACUGGUUCAUCCUGGGCAUCGUCCUGGUCAUCACCGCCGCCAAGCUGCAGCCGGACUUCGGCGUCAAAGGGGGACCACUGAAACCAGAAAUCACCAUCACGUAUAUAGCUGUUUCUGCGAUAUUCUUUAACAGUGGGCUGUCACUAAAAACUGAGGAGCUGACAAGUGCUUUGAUGCAUGUGAAAUUGCAUCUUUUUGUCCAGAUCUUCACACUUGUAUUCUUCCCAACAGCAAUAUGGCUGUUUCUUCAGCUGUUAUCUAUCACACCUAUAAAUGAAUGGCUUUUAAAAGGUUUGCAAACCGUAGGCUGUAUGCCACCUCCAGUAUCUUCAGCCGUGAUUUUAACCAAAGCUGUUGGUGGGAAUGAGGCAGCUGCUAUAUUUAACUCUGCAUUUGGAAGUUUUUUGGGCAUUGUUAUAACACCUUUGCUCCUGCUGCUUUUUCUUGGAUCCUCAUCCUCUGUGCCUUUCUCAUCUAUAUUCUCACAGCUGUUCAUGACCGUUGUUGUUCCACUCAUAAUUGGACAGAUUGUCCGAAGAUACAUCAAGGAAUGGCUCGAGAGAAAGAAGCCUCCAUUUGGUGCUAUCAGCAGCUGUGUGCUCCUGAUGAUAAUCUAUACAACUUUCUGUGAUACAUUCUCCAAUCCAAAUAUUGACCUUGAUAAAUUUAGCCUGAUUAUAAUAGUUUUCAUAAUAUUUUCCAUUCAGCUGGGAUUCAUGCUGUUAACAUUCUUCUUUUCUACAAGGAAGAAUUCUGGUUUCACAGCAGCAGACACUGUGGCUAUUGUUUUCUGUUCUACACACAAAUCUCUAACCUUGGGAAUACCAAUGCUGAAGAUCGUCUUUGAAGGCUAUGAGCACCUGUCCUUAAUUUCUGUCCCUUUACUUAUCUAUCACCCGGCUCAGAUCCUUCUAGGCAGUGUCUUAGUGCCAACAAUAAAAUCAUGGAUGAUUUCUAGACAAAAGGCAUUGAAAUUAACAAAGCAGCCCAAGGCACCAGUGAAAGUAUAACAAUAGAAGAGAACCAGUGAAUGUAAAUAUGUACUAUUUUGUACAUACACAGAGACAAUUUAGAAGAUGGGCAUAUGUGAAUGUCACUUCAGCACUUACAUUAUUUUUAUAGACAUAUAUAUAUAUAUUUAAAAUACUUAUGGAUGUGCCUUAAAAUAUAUUUGAAAAAAGCAUUGAUUCCAAAAUCAGAUGGCUGGUUACAAUAAGAGGUUGCACACAAGUGGAGAGGGAGGGUGAUUUGAUUUUGAUUUUUCUUCCUGUGUGGGUAGUGAAAGACUGCAGCUUCCAUCACUAGUUCAGAGGUAUUAACACAUUUCUCCGAGUGAUUCUUUUGCACCAACCCCAUGGAACUGAGCAAAGACUGAACAGGAGUUGUACUCUGUGAAGUGUGCAAAUCAUUCGUGAGUCCAUGCGUUGGUCCCAGACCAAAACAAACUGAAGACUACUCUCUUCCGGCUGCCUGCAUGAAAGCAGUUUCUGAAGUUCUAGUCAAGAUUAACUUGAAUUUCUGUGUGAUUCCAUAACCCUCCCCGCCCGUAUGAUUGUGACAUGCCUUUUUCUUCUGAGUUUGUGUACACUCAGCAUGGGGCCAUCCAUUGGAAAGGAACUGAAAAGCAUAAAUUAUUUGUAUUUGUCGACACAGUUGUCUAGACAUUCCUUCAAAGCUAACUGUUUCUCAAGACAAUUCUCUCAGUUCCAUUUUUAUGAUAUUGUGGCAUUGUAUGUCUUAAAUGCACCAUGCGUUUCUUCAAAGAGAAGGCCUGGUGGUUAGGGUAUUAAGGGAAAAAAUCUGUGAUCUGAAAGCACUGCUAUGAGGGUAUUUUUAAAAUAUAUAUUCUUACUGUUAACUCAGUAUGAGCAAAAUGUUUUCCCCUCUUUCCCCAAAAUGCAGUACACUAUGUUCCCCAAUGACAGAAGAAUACCAGUUACUAACAUUACAAGAGCCAUCUUCCUGCCAUUUCCAGAUCUUACAAAACUCUGUUGUAAAAAAGCAAGAAGGUGGGAGAACAAUAUUAAUUUUUUGCAACUAGUGAGUAUAUUUGUAUUCUAAAAACUUAGUGAAGCACAUUUAUGAAGGACAAUUGUUUCUGGUUAAUUUGACAAUCAGGUGUAUCUUGUGGGAAUUUUUAAAAAUGUAUUGAUUUUCUUUACAUGGUUGUAAGGGGGAUCAAUAAAUAACUAGGUUGUUAAUGAAUUCAGAGGGAAAAAUAGGGGAAAGGGAUUUCAUUUAAUACUUCAGAAAGCAGUAUGCCUUAAUUUAAAAAGUUGCCAUUAGGCUAAACAAGGAUGUGAGAAGCAGAUGCACAGUUAUAAACUCAGCAGUUUGGUGGUCAUGAGACAUCAGCCAGCAAUUCCUUGUGAAACUGAGAGCUUAAGCCACAAUGUUGUGGUAUCAGAUCACCCACACAACAGAUGGUAAUGUGAGCAGUCUUUCACUGCUCCGGCACCAAAAUAUCCACAACUGGUGCAAGCAGAAGAGCUGUGCUGAACUACAGUGGCAGCCCCACCUACUUGCUGUAUGCAUAUGCAUCAGUUUUCAUUCAACAAGGAAAUGGAAGUAACUCACUACAAACCUCUCAUCAGAGGCCAGCUGUGUAUAGAAUCUGUUGUUUUUUCAGUGCUAAGGCACAGGCAGUUUUUAAAGUUGCCCCUGCAAUAGUGCCUUGACUCCAAGGAUCCUACUGAACUAGUUCAUUAUCCAGUUCUUGUAUAGAUCUCAUCUCUGGGAGAAAGCUUAAAUUCACCAAUCUGCCAGGGAUGAAUAGGAUCUUGGUCUCAGAAUAUAACCCCAUCCUGAUCAAUUCCAGUGAGGUAUGCGGGGAAGCCUACUUUAAUAAAAGCACAUGUGUGCAUUUGACUGUAUAUGGAGUUCACGGAAUGAAGGCAUUGAUUUUAACAUGGUCACCUCUGUCCAUUUCAGCAGAAAGAAAGAAAGAACAGGUUCUUAGGGACUGGCAUUCAGCUUUAAUGCUAAUUCUUCAAGUUGAAAGACAUCUCACUCCCCCUUACCUCAAAGCAUAAUCAUGCUUUAUUGGAAUUAACUGUCCUGUUCAUAUAAUUUUAUUUGGUACCAAGCGGAGGUGCCUUAUGUUAGCAACAAAUGUGUAUCAAAUGAUCUCGUUGUACUGAUGUCACAAAAGUAGACCACUUUUGUAAAGUAAAGAGAUUAGUGCAGAAUGAUCAAGAUACACAGUCUGGUAAAACUGUAAGCACCCAUUAACACGAAUUAAGGUCAGUGAUAUUUAACAUGCUAGCAAAAAGCCUAGUACAUUCCUCCAAUUAGUUUGCCUCAAUCAUGUUUAGGUACAAAUAGCCUGUAACUGUUAAACAGUUUUGCUGCACAUAUUUUUUUUAAAAAUGGAAGAGCAUACGAAGAUGCAGCCCAAACAAAUCACAAGCAGGAUCAUGUGUUUAAAUGGAUAAAUAUGUUUUUGCAUGCAAAUGACAAAUUUGUUUCAUUUACUCUUGGUAGCUCACUAUAUACAUCUUGACUCAUUGAUUUAAAAAUAUGGUUAGGCAAAAAGACAGAACAGACAAUGUACUUCACAUUUUGUUUCCACAAAUCCUUUACUGAAACUCCAAAAUACAUUUAUCUAAUCCAAAAAUCUGCUGGCCAUAAGCAGAGGAAGAAAACCGAAGAGUGUCAUAAUUGGAGAUUAACAGAUUGUAAUAUGUUGUGAAUUUAUCUUGUGGUCAGUUUCCGAGGAAUUGAAAGAAUUUGCGUAGGAGUGCAAGUGUUGCUUAUAUGCAAAUAUGAUUCAGUUUUUCUGUCUGUCACAUAUUUAACAUUCUUAGCUGAUGAGUCCCAUUGCUGCUAAGCUCAUAUCCAUGUUUUCUUUUCUGUCAUUUGAGUUGAGUCUGCUCUUGAACAGUCACUACACUGUUACAGUUCCAACAGAUCUACCUCGAAUUGCUUCAAUAACAUCAGCUCAUUACUUUAAAUUAUGAAAAUUUGUUGCCGUCAUUUCAGUGAUAUUUUACUGUAUUUAAGACUGUUUGGGGGAGAGGCACAUUUGAUACAAUUGUUUAUGGAUUGGAAAAGCCUAAAUUGUGUUUCAUUUUUCCUUCUUUUUGCAUAAGUGAAUGUUGGACAGAUUAUUCUGAGUGGGAUGUAUGGGUUAAAUCAAACAAAAGUACAUCUUUUAAAUCCACACUUAGUGAAAUUUAGUUAUUCAUAUCCAAAAUGCUAUGUUAUGUUUAAAGACUGUUACGUUUCUCAUUUCAUGCCUUCAAAUAUAAAAGGAACUCAUUAGGUGGAUAGUUUCAAAGGAGACAACAGGCUAGUUUAUGCUGCAGUUUAUUUUUAUAACAUGGGCCUUUCCUCCUCCUUCCUGGGGUAAAAUUUUCUGUUGGGUUUUUUUAAAAGCUUAUAUAAACAUUUUUUUUAAAAUAAAAACAACUGAUUAA